CCAAUCCAAUGAUAAAUCCAGUAAUUUCGUUCUUUAAAGAAGAUAUACUCACCCUUAAGGGCGAUAGGGCGUUCUUUUGCGCUUGUCUUUCGCAAUGUUGUGAAACGAGGGAUAAAGCGUUAUUUUUUGAAAAUUUUGAUACUUUUCUCCAAACGAAAAUCUCUACUGAGUAUCAAUUGACAGAUAUCCUUUACAGAUUGGGCAAAAGUCGUUAUGAGCAGUUGGCUAAUAAGAUAUCCAAUAUUUGGGUUAUGCUCAAAUUGGAAAUGAGAUUGUAUAAGAAACAUAAAUUGAGUACAAUAACUUGUGGACAUUCGACAAAAAUUGAGAGAAUUGAAAGUAUCUUUACACCAAUUGAUAUCUUUAAGAGUACUUGUCAGGCGUCGUCAUUUAUUGGUGAACACUUUCAAAAUAUCUUAUCGCCUCUUACAGAGCUGAAAUCCACAGAUGGAAAAACUAAAACCGCUUUAAGAAUUCUUGUUCACAGCGCCGUUGGUAUGGGAAAAACUGUUCUUCUCCAAAGGAUUCUUCAUUUGUGGGCAACUGAUAGCAAUUUCUUUAACAAUUGCAUAUUCUUCACAAUAAACUUUGAUAAAGUUGAGUCGUGUCAGGAUUUCUUCGAUGUAAUUCUAGAUCAAAAUUUCAAUAAAUCUACAUCUAUAACUAAGGACCUACUUAAAUAUUUUCUUACAGAAUCUCCAAUAUAUGAAGACUUUUUACCAGUUUUGUUUAUAGAUCAAAUUGAUAUUGACAAACUAAAGUUAAAGGAUCAUUUAAAGCCAUUUUUGGAUAUAUUAGAGAUUGAAGAUAAGAUUGAUUAUCCAGUAAUAGCUUGGAUAGGGACUGGUGAAGAUAUGAGAAAAGUUGGGCAAACUUUUGAGUACAUUUAUGAGAUAAAAGGAUUUAAUGAAGCUCAAAUGGUGGAAUUUUUUUACAAACAUUCAAAGAAUAAUAGUAAAAUGGUACAAAAUCUAAUGAAAUGGUUAUCUAAAGAAAGAAAUUUGUAUACUGCUUGUUCAUGCCCUCUAAUAGCCUAUUUAACUGCAAUUGUCUAUGAAAGUAGACAGCAAUUUAGCCAGAUCAAUGGAUAUUCUAUUUUUAGAUGUUUCCUAAAGGUUUUAGUGAAGAGAUACAAAGAGAAUUUUACCAAAGUGAGAAGACAAAUAUCUUGCGCUUCAUUCCUGAAUAUUGUACUUGGAAAAGAGUUGAUAGAGGGCGAUAAUAUCGAAAUUGGAGAAAAAAUGGGUAUUCUAAUUAAAGAAACUGGGAGUGAAAAUUUACGAUUUUUAAAUGAAAAAUUCAAGGAAUAUUUCGCUGCAGAGUAUAUUAUUUUUUUUAUUAGAAGGAUGAGAAGUGGAAAGUUGAGUACAUACUCGAAAGGUCAUUUCAAAGAGAAGGCGUACGAAUUGGGUAACAUCAUUGAAAAACACACUAAUCCAGUAAAAAUGUUGAAUAUUUUCAAAUUUCUGCAAUAUUUAGAUGCUGAGGUAUUUUUUAUCUUUCUUUCGCAAAAUCUAAAUAUCUUAGAAAUUGUGGAGACUGUUAGCGAUGCCCAGCGGAAUAUCAUUAAAAGAAAAACCAGACAAUUGAGGCAGAGAGGAGAAUUCUUAUCAACAAAUGUAUGGAAGAUAAUCAUUUUAUUCUUGAAUAUUAAAGUUACAAAGAUAUCUCUUGAACUUGUCAAUUUCAAUUUAAGAGAGAUUCUUCAAACUGCAAAAGUGACGCUUAGAAAUUAUCUGGAGGAGAUCAGAAUUAUUGGAGGAAUGCAGGGUUCAUUGACAUUUUACAUAAUUCCGGAAAUGUUAUUUGCCUUUAAGAAGCUCAAGAAACUUUGUCUAAAGCAUGUGCAACUUGACGUUGAAGUAUUUGGCAACAUUGUCAAUAGUACUGAACAAAGUUUCCAACUUGAAGAAUUGUCUUUAGAUGAUUGCGGAAUCAUUUUUACAAUAAAGAAUGUCGUAAUAUUUCAAUUCCUAAACAAGUUGAAAACACUGCAAUUAUCUGACUGCAAAUUUUUGGGUAAGUAA